UGAGGCAGCAGCAACCUCUGUUCCCCACAGGAGGCUGGAGGGAGAGGCGCGCAGGAGGAACCCGCCAGCUCCGCUCCGCUCCCGCGCACGCCGCAAACGCUGCGCCCUGGUGGGUAGGAGGGCGCGUGCAGAGCCGGUCCCUGCUCCGCGCGCCGGCUGCCGGGGGAUCGGAGUCCCGUCCCCGGCUCUCGUGUGGUUAGCAGGGGCCGCGCCCCCAGCUCAGUAGCCGGCGGCGGAGGUUCAGCCCGCGCACAAGCUGGGACUCUCCGACGGCCGCAGGAAAAAGCCCAGGACACGGUAGAGGAGGGAGGCACAGAGCCGGGUCAGCGUAAGCGCUUCAAGGGCGUGUUCGUGUGGACGCGCGCCGUGUGUUGAAGUCCGGGCGUGGAUUGGGUGUCCGCAUGGCUGGUUACCCCCUUCCGGAUGUCCAGCCUUGGCUAGAUUCUGCAGUUACCCCCUUCCGGAUGUCCAGCCUUGGCUAGAUUCCUCCCUCAGUGCAGUCGUGCAGCUUCUCCUCCCAGCUUCCAAACCCUCUGGGAUUUCUCCAGGAAGAGCCAGCUGAAUCGUAGAUGCACUGAGGAGUGCUGGUCCCAAUGCUUCAAGAAAGUGCAAACUUCCCUGAGACACUAUGAACUCUGACUGUUGCCUUCUGGAGAGCACCAACAUUUCAUAAGAAAAAAGGCACGGAAGCACACAAGCUCUCCUGGCUAUUGCUCUUCAUCGUUUCCUAUGGGCAUGGAGUUUUGCUAGUAGAGUGGAGUGUAUGAAAAGUCAAGCUAUGAAAACCACCUCAAUGCAAGAUAGCGCUUACCAGACACUCUGUGCACUUUCUGCUCAGAAGAAUCCCAGGAAAAAAAGUGGAUUAUUUGAGACUACAAAUGCAAGAAAGUCUCAGUACCCCCUCCAGAUCUAUGUACAAAAGCUGCAAGGAUCAUGUAUCAAACCUAGAUGUUUCCAGAGACAUCCGGGGGCAGAAAAUCAACCUGCCUCAGGUGGAGAAGCCAUCGGAGAAGAUUUCAGCACCCAUCCAGUCUGUUACUGCUGUGGAUAAAAGUAAAGUAACAACAGACCACAGUCGAUACCUCAAGGCUCGCUCAAACACUUUAGUGGUGCCUCUUCAUAGUACUAGAGAGAUUAAACUGAAAAACAAAUCCAGGUUAGAUUUGCCAUCUUCAAAGGUAGCAUCAGAAGGACUAUCAGCCGAGACACACCAAGUUCCAGAGUGUCCAAAUUGCAAAAAGGAAAGGAGGAUCCAGAAUGAGUACGACAAGUUCAUUUUGCAGUCAAAGAGGGACAAGGAGGCCUUGCAGAAGACAAUUGUGGAGCUAGAAGCUGAGCUGAAAAGAUAUGAAGAGCAUAAUAAACCAGCUCAAGGGCAAGAGAGUGAAGUAACCUGCUCUGUGGAAGAACAGCAGCACCUGAGAGGGGAAGCUUCCUUUCUUGAUGGUUUGGUAGGAAUGUGUAAAAAUGAACAAGCAUAUAUAAGAAGCAGAUCAGACCUGAACAAACCAGAAGAGGAGAGCAAAGGGAAGCAGCAACAAAUGGAUAGUUUGUUAGUUGAAAUGGAGGAGUUAAAAGCCCAGCUGCAAAGAAUUCAGAAUAAUGAGAAAACACAAGACCAGAUGACCAAGAUGAAGCAAAGCAAGUUGGUUCUUGAAAUGGAAGAGUUAAAGUCCCAACUUGAAAAAACAAAGGAGCGGAAAAGGCAAAAAGUAUCAGUUUUAGAAAAUGAGAAGGAUGCCUGUCUGAGAGAAAUAGCAGAAAUGAAAACUUGCAUUGAGAAGAUGAGCACAGAGAACAGUUCACUUAUGGAGAAAAUGAAAGCCUUGGAGAAUAGGUCUUCCUGCUGCUGUUUGGCUUCAGUGGUUCAUGGCAAUGCAGAAAUACUAACAAUUUCUCACCAAAGCACAUUUGGUAUUGAUGCAGAAAGCCCUCAUUGCUUCAAUAGUUGUGGUGAUGCAACUUGCAAUUCUGGGACACAAAGGGGUAAAUGUGUUGCUGGGACAAGCUCAGUGGAGGAUGAUGAAAUCGGAAUGAAAGAGAUGUAUAAACAGCUGAAGAGAGAACGUAACCUUCUACUUGAUGUCAUGCUACUUAUGUACACAAGACGAUGGUUUCUGGAAGAAGCAAUACCAUAUGUAAGAAGAACUCUUAAGAAAUGCGGAGUAAAUUCAGAAGACAGAAACUGAAACUCAGAUCUAUUAUCCAGCCAAAACACAGGAUUUAAUGUAACAGCUCACAACAGGGUUUGCUCUUGCUUCAAAGGGUAUGUCUACACUGCAAGUAGACAAGCGCGGCUAGUCCAUGCCAGCUGACUCGGGCUCGUGGGGCUCGGGCUUUAAUUGUGGUGUAGACAUUAGGGCUCUGGCUACAGCCUGAGCUCUGGGAUCCUCCCACCUCGCAGGGUCCUAGAGCCUGGGCCCCAGCCGAGUGUCUAUGCCGGAAUUAAACAACCUCUUAGACCAAGCCAGCUGUGCAUGUCUAAUUGCAGCGUAAACAUACUCCUAGAGAUC